CCGGUCCCCACCUCACCUCCUCCCGAAGUCCACCUCUAGCCCAACCUCACCCCAUCAUCUCCAAUCCAUCCCAUCAACCAUUCAUCCCACCUAGCACAAUGUCCACCCGCAAGAGAAAGCAAGAGGCCGAGGAGGAGGAAGAGCUCCAGGCUCUCCCUAGUGACGAGUCUGACGAGGAAGAGGAAUAUGAAGAGUCGGAUGGCUCCGCCUUUGACGACGAGGAUGCUUCUGACGAAGAGGCUCCCCCGCCGAAGAAGAAGGCGCGCCAGACUCGCAAGAAAGACGAUGACGAGGAUGACGAAGAAGAGGAACCCGAAGACGACGACGAUGACGACGAGGCCGUCCCUGAGCCUGAGAACGACGACGAUGGCAAUGAAGAUGCCGAUGUCAAGAAGGCUCCGGGUGCCGAGAAGGACCGCAAGGUCAAGACCACAGACCCCAAGGACAAGGAGGCUGUGCCCGUUGUUGCCGCCGACGACGACGAUGAUGAUGAUGAUGAUGAAGAGGCUUAGCUUUUGGUCAAUGGCACAAGUCAGGAUCUGGGGUAUGAUGUGGCGGUGGUAUGGAUAGGAGGUCGCGAGAACUAUCGUAGACAAUGGUAUGAUCAUUGUUGAAAGCAGCCUGAUA